CGAAAUAGGGAGGGAAAAGAGAACAGAGAAGAAUGUGUCUGGUUUUGAUAUGAGCUUUGGCUAUGGCGAACCUCUCAACCCUCCUGCACCAACUCCGCGAGCGCAUAGUAGCGAGGCCGCCGAACAAGGAAAACGACGACGAUUUGGAGGUCCUUUUCCGCGACGUUCUCCCCAAUCUCUUCCACACCUAUGUCGUCCCUUCGUCUUCCUCCGCAGACAAGCAGAGAGAGGUCGUUGCCAUACUAAAGCUCUCCGCGCAUGUCGCUAAGAACUUCCCCGGUGUGUUUUAUCACGGCAAGCCUGCUGCCGUGUUGCCGGUGAUUGGUCGAGUACUGCCCUUCUUUUCCGAACCUGCAUUUCAGGCUCAACAUGGGGUGAUUUUCGAAACGGUUGCAUCACUGUUGUCAGUGCUUCGCACUGCAGAUCGAGAUGCUUAUCGUCAAUUUUUCAUGGAUGUAAUGUCAUUGGUUGAAGAUAUUGCGGAAGUCGCUUUAGUCUGUGACGAGCAAUGCAGUAAAGGAUUGAGAACAAUUUCCUUGAAGUGUUUCAGCGAAUCGUUUUCGAGAGUUUUGGAUGAUCCUUUAACCUUCUGUGAUCUUCCCCAGAGCUGUACAGCUGAUGACAGCCGCUGCAUUCUAAUUAAUCUAACUAGGAAAGAAAGAUGUCAACCUUUUGCUUCUUUUGCUGUCAAGGUUCUCUGUAAAUGUUUAACUGAAGGAACUUUAUACGUUGAAGGACUCUUGAGCACUUCUUGUGUCUUGGCUGUCUGCAAGCUUUUAUGUUCUGGAUGUGCUGAUCUGCACAUGGUAUGCUUUGAUUUUGUGCGACUUGUUGGGGCCUUAAAUUUGGAAAUUAUCCCUGCUGAAAGACUAAUACAACUGAUUGCAUUUAUAUUACGUGAAGGCAAGGGACUUCUAGGCUUCAGAAACUCCAUGUACGACUCAUCCAUGGGAGGAUGCCUUAACUUGUUACACUCCAAUUGCUCAGUAAAUGUUGUUAGGUCAACAGCAGUGGCUCUGAUAAAUGUCUUUCCCCAUUCAUUGCUUGGAACAAGCAGUCACGAGCUCAAGAAUGCUCUCUGCAGUGCAUACUCUCGUAUUGUUCAAUAUUGCCCCCCUCAUAUCUGGAAACCCGAAUCUCUCAUUAAUUUGCUUUACUCAUCCACGGCCACCAUCCCUUUGAUAUUGUGUUUUGAGGUUGCUUUAUCUAGACUACAAUCUAAUUCUUCUGGAGGGGAAGUAGCUAUUGUUGGUGAAAUGUGUUUAUCAGCCUCAAAUUCCAGUCUAUCUGAGAAACCUAGAGUUGGAGAUAAAAGACCUCAGAACAGCACAGAGACUUCCAAACCUAAACUUCAAAAAACCAAUGGUGAAUUCAUGGGUUCUGGCGUAACAUGUGAUCAUCUAAACCAGCUUAUAUAUGGUUCUACAUCAAUGCAAGAGAAAGACUAUGCUGACUUCAUGCAUAGCUCGCUGAAGGCAUUUGUGCAACGCUUAGGACCUCCUAUAGAAGAUGACUCUUUGGCACCGGGAAUUGCACUGACAGCUCUUAGUACACUCUGCAUUGUCUUCUGUAAAUAUCCAUAUAACGGUCUCUUGCUUCAAGUAUUACAGUGUAUGUGUGCAUGGGUUCCUUGGAUAGAUGAACAGGUGAAGCAAGGACUUCCAAUACCCUUUGAUAUGUCAAUAUUUCUUGAAGCUGUUAACAACCUUUUCAUUCUAAAAGGCUCUUCUGAGGAUAAUAAGUUUCUCAAGAGUAUGAGUGGUGUUCCCGGUGUUGUACGGCCAUUAUUAAGGCUUCCAUGGUCCAAUUCGGUAUCAAUUAAUUCUCUCCCACCAUGGAAGGCAAAGUGCCACUCACUGCAAGUUCUGUCAAAGAUUGGACUGUUUUUGCAAAAUGGUAAUGAUCUUGAUAUUUUGGAUUUGGGCCUUCUCGAUGAAAUAAAGGAGGUUAGAGGAGAAGCUAUCAUUUCCAUGCCAAUGAUAGUCAUGUGGUGUGGUUAUGGUUUACUUAUGCCUGUGUUCAAGAGAUUGGAGACCCUAGGGAAAGAGAUGGAUGCCCAAAUUAAGAAAAUCAUCCCCCAAACACUUGGUUAUUUAGCAUGCCUUUAUGGAUCUUAUUGUACUGGCCCUGUUCCAUGUGAAGGUCAGUGCAAAUUAUAUUUGCAGAAGGAUAGUAGAAAACAUGAUAUGACAGUGGAUGGUCGUUUGAGAUUUUGGUGUUCUAAGUGUGACACAAAUGCAUCCAGUAAUGAACUGCAGUCAAUUGUACACCUGGUCAACAACACUCAUGAUAUAGAAUUAGAACUUGCCAGAGACUAUGAUUAUAAUAAGUUGCUAUCCCUUUUCUUCCAAUUGCUUUAUGACGAAUCAACAGAAGAUAUUCAAGUUGCUUGUGUUGAUGCAAUUCAGCGAAUUCUUCUCCACACAACCAGUAGUGUUCUCAUCAGAACAAAAUCCGACUGGUUAAAAUGUAUCGAUUACCUACUCCUUCACAGGAGAAAGGCUGUGAGAGAAGCAUUCUGCACACAGAUCAGUUUUUUCCUUGAGGAACCUAUUCUGAAUUGCUUAUUCUUGGAUGAGGCGCCCAAUAAGCCUAAAGAACAGAAGUUUGUGGAAAAAUUAAAAGAUGCUCUGUCGGCAAUAGAUGAUCCCUUGGUGUUUGAGACUCUUCUAGAAACUGCAGCGAAUAUUAUGAAUGCAGUUGAUAUACAUAGCCAGUUCUUUUUAUUCUCUCUUAUUUUAUUAGCUGAGCAGCUUGAUAAUCGUCACAUCACAGUGAGGAUAAAAGCAUCAAGGUUGAUAAAAGGAUCUUGCUACUCUCAUCUUAAAGGAGGAUUUGAACUAAUCUUAUCAAGAGUUCCUUAUCUCAGAAAUGAAUUGUAUGAUUAUCUGUCUUCUAGGCUUGCAAGAUGUCCAAAAAUUGUGGAAGAGUUUGCAGUGUCCGUGCUUGAUGUUGAAACUGAAGAACUUGUGAAAAAGAUGGUUCCUGUUGUUCUUCCAAAGCUCAUUGUCACCCAACAUGAUGGUGAUGAAGUAAUUACAACUUUGUAUGCAUUAGCCAAGUGUUUAAACACGGAUAUGGUGCAAUUGAUUGUUAAUUGGCUGCCCAAAGUACUUGCUUAUGCUCUACAUCGAGCUGAUGAACAGGAUUUAUUUUCUGUUCUACGGUUCUACCAUGAGAAAACAGGUUCUGAUAAUCAAGAGAUUUUUGCUGCUGCAUUGCCUGCCCUUUUGGAUGAACUUGUGUGCUUUACUGAUGAAGAUGUCAGAGAGAUAAACAAAAGGUUGACAAGGGUGCCUCAGAUGAUAAAAGAAGUUGCAAGAAUUUUGACUGGAAAUGAAGAUCUUCCUGGAUUUUUGAGAAAUCAUUUCGUUGGUCUCCUUAACAGCAUUGAUCGGAAAAUGCUUCAUUCAGAUGACGUAUCACUUCAGAGACAAUCUGUUAAACGGAUUGAGAUGCUUGUUGGUCUAAUGGGUUCCCAUCUUAGCACUUACGUUCCGAAACUUAUGGUUCUUCUCAUGCAUGCUAUUGAUAAGGAACCACUCCAGGACGAUGGUCUUUCUGUUUUCCAUUUUUUUGUUAAGCAACUAGCUUUGGUAUCACCCUCUAGUACCAAACAUGUGAUUUCCCAAGUAUUCGCUGCACUUGUUCCAUUUUUAGAGGGAGAGAAAGAAAAAUCAUCCUCACAUUCUCCUAAAAUAGUGGAGAUUUUGGAGGAGCUUGUGUCCCAAGAUAGAGUAAUCCUAAAAGAACAUAUUCGCGAGUUCCCUCCUUUACCUGAUAUUCCUGUUCUUUCUAAAGUGACUAGUAUAAUAAAAGAAGUGCGUGGGCCAAUGAGCUUGAAAGAUCAAUUGCUAGACAUUGUUGAUGGGCUUAAUCAUGAAAAUUUGAAUGUUAGGUAUAUGGUAGCAUCUGAAUUAAGUAAGCUGUUGAACAUUAGAAGGGAGGAUGUCAUGGCUGUAAUUACUAAAGAAGGGGAUCCAAGUAUGGAUGUCAUGAGCUGUUUGAUUACAUCCUUACUUAGAGGGUGUGCAGAAGAAUCAAGAACUAUGGUUGGGCAGCGGCUGAAGCUGAUUUGUGCUGAUUGUCUAGGAGCAUUAGGAGCUGUAGAUCCUGCCAAAAUCAAGGGAUUUUCAAACACGCGCUUUAAAAUUGCAUGUUCAGAUGAUGAUUUGAUUUUUGAGUUGAUCCACAAACAUCUAGCCAGGGCUUUCAGAGCUGCACCUGAUACUAUUGUUCAAGAUUCGGCUGCUUUGGCUAUACAAGAACUUCUUAAGAUUGCUGGUUGUGAGGCAUCUCUUGACGAAAAUGUUUCAGCUUCUACAUCACAGAGAAUGGGCAAGCAUCCUAAGUCACUCAUUUCUACUCCAAAAAGCUCUGCAAGUUGCAGCGAUUUAUACGAGAGGGGUCAGAGAUUGUGGAAUAGGUUCUCUGAUUAUGUCAAAGAGAUCAUAGCACCUUGCUUGACCUCAAGAUUUCAGCUUCCAAAUGUGUCAGAUUCUGCAUCUUCUGGUCCCAUUUACCGCCCUUCUAUGUCAUUCAGAAGAUGGAUUUUUAUCUGGAUAAAAAAAUUGACUGUACAUGCAAUAGGUUCUCGGGCUAGCAUUUUCAAUGCAUGUCGUGGUAUUGUUCGUCAUGACAUGCAAAUUGCAAUGUAUCUUCUUCCAUAUUUAGUCUUGAAUGUUGUAUGCCAUGGAACUGAGGAGGCCCGACAUGGCAUAGCUGAAGAAAUUCGUUCUGUUCUCUGUGCAGCGGCAUUGGAGAAUAACAGUUCUGCUUCCCAUGGGAUUACUUCAGGGCAAAAUGAGGUCUGCAUUCAGGCUGUUUUUACUCUCCUUGACAAUCUUGGGCAAUGGGUGUAUGAUGUAGAACAAGAUCUUGCUCUCUCACAAUCUGUUCAGACAUCCACUUCUAGGCAACAGGCUGAUAAACUGAAGGAGCAGAACAAUACAGAGCAGAUGCUUAUGCAGUGUAAGCAUGUUUCUGAGCUAUUGGCUGCAAUCCCUAAAGUGACCCUGGCUAGGGCAUCUUUCAGGUGUCAUGCUUGUGCCAGGUCUUUGUUAUACUUUGAAUCUUAUGUCCGGGAGAAGUCGGGAUCUUUCAAUCCUUCAUCUGAGAGGAGUGGUGUCUUUGAGGAUGAAGAUAUUUCAUUUCUAAUGGAAAUUUAUAGUGGCUUGGAUGAACCGGAUGGCUUGUCCGGUUUCGCUUCCCUGCGCAAGUCAAAGAGCUUGCAAGAUCAUUUUUUGAUAAAUAAGAAAGCAGGAAACUGGGCAGAAGUUCUAACAUCAUGCGAGCAAGCUCUGCAAAUGGAACCCACCUCUGUUCAGAGGCACUCAGAUGUUCUGAACUGCCUACUAAACAUGUACCAUUUGCAGGGCAUGGUCACUCAUGUAACAGGGCUAGUAGCAAGGGUUCCUGAAUACAAGAAAAUGUGGUGCAUGCAAGGUAUUCAGGCUGCAUGGAGGCUUGGCAGAUGGGAUCUGAUGGAUGAGUAUCUCAGUGGGGCUGAUAAGGAAGGUUUAGUUUGCAGCAGCUCUGAGAGUAAUGCUUCGUUUGACAUGGGCGUUGCAAAGAUUCUUCAAGCAAUGAUGAUGAAUGAUCAAUUCUCUGUUGACGAGAAAAUCGCAUUGUCCAAGCAAGCUUUAAUUGGUCCUUUGGCUGCUGCAGGCAUGGAUUCUUAUGCGCGGGCAUACCCAUUUGUUGUCAAGCUUCACAUGCUGCGGGAGUUGGAGGAAUUUAACAUUCUUCUUGGAGGCAAAUCUUUCCUAGAAAAAUCAUUUCAACAUGUUUAUCCACAAUUUCCAAAACUAAUGGAAAAUUGGGAAAACCGACUAAAACUGACUCAACCAUCCAUAUGGGCAAGAGAGCCACUAUUGGCUUUCCGUAGACUUGUUUUUUGUGCCAGCGGCGCCAAUGCUUCUGUAGGGAAUUGCUGGAUACAGUAUGCAAAACUUUGCCGCUCUGCUGGUCAUUAUGAGACUGCAAACAGGGCAAUCCUAGAGGCCAGUGUUUUAGGUGCACCUAAUGUCAAUGUGGAAAAGGCUAAGCUUCUUUGGAGCACUAGGCGAACUGACGGUGCCAUUGCAGAGCUCCAACAGACACUUCUUAGUAUGCCUGUGGAAGUUGUUAGUUCUGCUGCAAUAUCAUCUAUCACUAGCCUUUCCUUGGUUCCGUUGAAUCCUCCGCCACUAGUUUCAAAUACUCAGGCACUAAAUGAGGCUAGGGACGUUGCCAAAACCCUCCUACUAUACGUGAGGUGGAUACAUUAUACAGGUCAAAAGAAGAAGGAAGAUGUUAUAAGUCUUUACUCUAGGGUGAAGGAACUUCAGCCCAAGUGGGAAAACGGAUACUUUUAUAUGGCAAAAUAUUGUGAUGAACUGAUUGUUGAUGCGAGGAAGAGGCAAGAAGAUAAAACAGAGCUCCUUUCCAGGGUGGUCCCAUCAAAUUUCAACCCAGUUUCUUCUGCCAGCUUGAAUGCCGAGAAACCAUGGUGGUCUGAUCUACCUGAGGUACUGUUAUUUUAUGCCAAGGGCCUUCACAGGGGCCAGAAAAAUCUUUUUCAAGCGCUUCCAAGAUUAUUGACUCUUUGGUUCGACUUUGGGAGCAUCUACCAUCGAAGUAACACAAGCUCUACCAGAGACAUGAAAACUGUACAUGGAAAGGUUAUGAAUGUCAUGCGUGGCUGCUUAAAGGAUUUGCCAACCUAUCAAUGGUUGACUGUUUUGCCACAGCUUGUUUCUAGAAUUUGUCAUCAGAAUGAAGACACUGUUCGCUUGGUGAAGCAUAUAAUAACUUAUGUUCUUCAUGAGUAUCCUCAACAAGCUCUUUGGAUCAUGGCAGCAGUUACUAAAUCGACAGUCCCUUCAAGGAGGGAUGCUGCUGCAGAGAUUAUUCAAGCUGCUAGAAAAAGAUCCAACGACAAGGGUGUAAACUCUUUGUUUACACAAUUUGCUACUCUAAUUGACCAUCUAAUCAGGUUGUGUUUCCAUGCUGGUCAACCAAGGGCAAAAACAAUCAACAUCUCAACUGAAUUUAGUGCUCUGAAGAGGAUGAUGCCAUUGGAUAUCAUUUUGCCAACCCAACAAUCACUUACUGCCAACCUACCAUCAUAUCAUUUAAAUCCAUCUGAUAGUGUUGCUGCGGAUACAUUCUCUUUGACAGAUCUUCCUACUAUAUCUGGGAUUGGUGAUGAGGCUGAGAUACUCUCGUCACUCCAAUGCCCAAAGAAAAUCAUUCUUUUGGGCAGUGAUGGAAGUGAACGUCCAUUCCUUUGCAAACCAAAGGAUGACUUGAGAAAAGAUGCGCGCAUGAUGGAAUUCAAUGCAAUGGUUAAUUGUUUGCUGUCUAAAAGCCCCGAGAGUCGGAGGAGGAAGCUUUACAUUCGUACAUUUGCAGUGAUUCCAUUAACAGAAGAUUGUGGUAUGAUUGAAUGGGUGCCACAUACACGUGGUCUUCGACAGAUUCUCCAAGACAUAUAUUCAAGCUGUGGUAAAUUUGACAGACAGAAAACGAAUCCUCAAAUAAAGCGCAUUUAUGAACAAUGUCAAGGAAAGAUGCCUGAAGAGGAAAUGCUGAAGAAUAGAGUCCUUCCAAUGUUCCCUCCAGCUUUCCACAAAUGGUUCCUAAACACAUUCUCUGAACCAGCUGCUUGGUUUAGGGCUCGGGUGGCCUUUGCACAUACUACUGCUGUUUGGUCAAUGGUUGGGCACAUAGUGGGGCUUGGAGACCGCCACGGCGAAAAUAUUCUGUUUGAUUCUACCACAGGUGACUGUGUUCAUGUGGAUUUCAGUUGCUUGUUUGAUAAAGGCCUGCUUUUGGAGAAACCCGAGCUCGUUCCUUUCAGGCUUACACAGAACAUGGUUGAUGGGCUGGGAAUAACGGGAUACGAAGGUAUCUUCUUGAAAGUUUGUGAGAUCACACUCUCAGUCUUAAGAACUCAUAGGGAGACACUGAUGAGCGUACUGGAGACUUUUGUCCAUGAUCCUCUCGUGGAAUGGACUAAAUCUCACAAAUCCAGCGGGGUUGAGGUUCAAAACCCUCAUGCUCAGUGCCGAAUGCAUACUUCCAAAGUUAGUCUUGUUUAUAAACUUCUAUCUGUUCCAUAAAAAGAGUCUAAUUUGAGCAAAAGAAGCUACUUAUCUGUCCUAAAAUAAUCUUCUCAGUUUCCUUUGUUUUUGUCAAAAUACACUUUUCAUUCCUUUGUAAGUAAAUAUUGAGUGGUUUG